GGUAUGCCAUGCCUCCCUGGCCACCGCUUGAUUAUGACUAUGAGAAGGAGCUCAAUCGACGAGGCUUUCGGAUCGUCAGCUUACAGGACUGGGAGGAAGAGGCAGACCUUGAUAAGGAAGGUCGUGCUAAGGUGUAUGCCUUAUCACAGUUCCCUGGCAUCUAUCGGGCGUAUGAUCGUCGGUUGAUCGAUGUGCGACCGAAUGAAGGGAAGCCUAGUUUUAACAACCUGAUGAAUUCAACUACUGACAAACUGAAAGCUCUUCUUAGGGAAGCCAUAAAGAAUCAGCUGGCCGAACUACGGGCUCAACCGUCGUUCAAACGGCCUGGCAAUGGUGAUGAGGAGCUGGAGAGAGAUCUUGUGGUCAGAGGCAAACGAUUGGGGCUUAAGGAUGGGAGGUGACACUUACGUAAUGAUGAUGAAUAAUAACAACAAC